GCGCUCGUGUCCCCUUCAGCAUUGCAACGCCUCCACUUUAUUCUUCCUUCAAUCGCUCCGUCGUCUGGACAUGUCUUGUUCGUCCACCACUGCAUGAACAUCCCUUACCGCCGCCCCUACGAGAAGACGACCACCAUCAUCACCACCACCCCUUCCUACCCCAUUAUUGUCAUUCAUUUACCGCCCGCUGCAUCACCGACACGACACGACACCACGCACUCCACUCACUCCACUUCGGGGCACUCAUGCGCGUGCCAUUGCAGCUGCCUGAGUUGCCCAUGUUUGGCCAAGCACGCGCGCGAUCGUGGUCGUCGAGCCGCACUCCAGCAGAAAAGCCAGAAGCCACCAUCGACAGUAAGAUGAAGGUUGCGCCCAAAUACAGUCCCAAAGAAUAUCUGCAAGCGAUACCCCAGAUUGGCAUGCCGAAGCAGCUGCAGAGAACGAUACCGGCCGUGCUGGCCCUGUGCCUCCUGGUCUUCUUCCUGUCCGGCUCGCACAGCACCUUUACCCCAGCCUUUUUCGAAUCGAGACCCAAGCACUUUCCGCGCAAGAUCUGGCAAACCUGGAAAGUUGACCCCCUCAAGUUCGAGGAGCGAGAUCACAAUGUCGCGCAAUCGUGGAUUGCAAAGAACCCCGAUUACCGAUAUGAGGUGCUCACCGAUCUGAAUGACAUGGCCUACGUCGAGACACACUUUGGACCAGACGGCCUCGAUCGGGAGGAUAUCGUGUACGUGUACCGUGAGCUCACCGCGCGCAUCAUCAAGGCCGACUUGCUGCGCUACAUGAUCAUGUACAUCGAGGGCGGUGUGUACACAGACAUCGACGUUGAGGCACUGCGACCCAUCAGCAACUUCAUUCCCCCACGAUGGAAGGAGGCCGACGUCGACAUGGUGGUGGGCAUUGAAAUCGAUCAACCCGAGUUCGACAAGCACCCGGUAUUGGGCACCAAAUGCAAGUCCUUCUGCCAGUGGACCUUCAUGUGUAAACCCAAAUUGCCCGUCAUGAUGAAGCUCAUCGAGAAUAUCAUCGUCUGGCUGCGAAGCGUGGCCGUCCAGCAGGGUGUGCCCAUCUCGGAGGUGAAGCUGGACUUUGACCAAGUCAUCAGCGGCACGGGCCCAUCGGCCUUCACCAAUGCGAUUCUCGACGAUAUUGAGCAGCGAACGGGCGAGAAGGUGAGCUGGGAUGCUUUCCACGAUCUGAGCGAGUCCACUCUGGUCGGCGGCGUGCUAGUCCUGACUGUCGAGGCCUUCGCUGCUGGGCAAGGUCACUCCGACUCUGGCACCCACGAGACGAAGCAAGCGCUGGUCAAGCACCACUACCACGCCUCCGGCUGGCCCACCACCCAUCCCCGCUUCAACCACCCCAUCUUCGGCGAAGUCGAGAAGUGCAACUGGAACCACGAGUGCGUCAAGAAGUGGGACGAGGACACGGCCGCCUUCGAAGCGCUGUCUCCGGAAGAUAAGAUCAAGCAGGUCGCGCUCAAGGAAGCGGAUGACAAGCGGAAAGCGGACGAGGAAGAGCGGAGAAAGGUGGAGGCGGAGGAGCGCAAGAAGAAGGGGCUCCCAGAGCUCAAGUACGAUGAUAAAGGCCAGGUCAUCAUCCCGGAUGAGGAGAAGAAGGAUGAACCCAAGGAGCCGGCGAAGGAUCUGCACCGAAGAUGAGACGAUAAUAAUGAUGAACCAGCAUUUUGAAUUCCGGUGGCGGUGGUGUUUGGCGAGUGGAUGGCAGAUCUGGCGACAGUCGUCUUGGGCAUUUGCAUUUGAUCCAGGGAGGGUGUGUCCCCCCUUAUUCGAGAUGAGGGCGAGCGGGCCGGCGAGAGAGAGAACCUGUUGAUAUACAAGUAGGAGCCUGCCCACCUACGAGAGCCCCUCUCCAGCUUCAGACAAUUGACAUAGAGAUAUUCAUUAAUUUCCACCCAUAUAAGUUAGGC